AUGGUAGUUAGUGCUUUAACAACUGACGACCCCAAGCAAUAUCAAUUGGAAGAAGGACAAGAGCGUUCUUUUAUUGAGAAGUCGUCGCAAAAUUCUGAAAGUGUUAAGAAUUUAGUGGACAAAUUAUUGACGUGGAUUAACAACGAACUAUCAGAACAUCGAAUUCUCGUGAGAGAAAUUCAAGAAGACUUAUACGACGGUCAACUUCUGCAGAAGUUAGUUGAAAAACUAGCAAAGAUAAAGCUAGAUCAUCCUGAGUUAACGCUGUCUGAGAUUGGACAGCUUCUACGCUUGCGUGUAACUGUAACAAUACUAACUAAAUAA